UACAGCUUCAACUUUAAAACAUCUCUAGUUCUCUCUGCCUCCAACUACACAGAGAGAGAAGAGAUUUUUUCCUUCCCAUUUUACCCAUUCCUUGAGAAUGUCUCAGAAACAUUUACUUCUCAUCGUAUUCAUUCUCUCAAUCUCAAUAACUCCAAUCCCAUCUUCACAAUCAAAACUCACUACAGGAUACUAUGCCAAAUCAUGUCCUAAAUUUUCAGAAAUCAUACAAAACAUAGUGAUAGACAAACAACUCAAUAGCCCAACAACAGCAGCAGGAACAUUGAGAUUGUUCUUCCAUGAUUGUAUAACCAAUGGUUGUGAUGCUUCCAUCCUUAUCUCAUCAAACCCAUUCAACAAAGCAGAACGUGAUACAGAAAUCAAUCUCUCAUUACCAGGCGAUGCGUUUGAUGUUAUCACUCGUGCAAAAACAAAGCUUGAAUUCGAAUGUCCAGGAAAAGUGUCUUGUGCUGAUAUUCUUGCUACUGCUACACGGGAUCUUGUUGUGAUGGUUGGUGGUCCUUUUUAUAAUGUUAAAUUAGGUAGAAAAGAUGGGUUGAGCUCAAAAUCAUCACUUGUUGAAGGUAAAUUACCAAAACCCACAAUGAAAAUGUCCCAAAUUUAUAAGCUUUUUAGUGAUAAAGGUUUCAGUAUUGAAGAAAUGGUUGCACUGAGUGGUGCACAUACUAUUGGGUUUUCUCAUUGUAAAGAGUUUGCUAACAAAAUCUAUGGUUCAAAAGUUGAUCCAACAUUGAAUCCUAGAUUUGCUGAUGCAUUAAGAAAAGCUUGUGCUAAUUAUAAAUCUGAUUCAACUACAUCUGUUUUCAAUGAUAUCAUGACACCAGGUAAAUUUGAUAAUAUGUAUUUUAUUAAUUUACAAAGAGGGUUGGGUUUAUUAGAAUCAGAUCGGGCAUUGUUUGGUGUUCCAAGUACCAGGAAGUUUGUGCAGAGAUUUGCAGCUAAUGAGACCGAGUUUUUUAGAGUGUUUGCUCGUUCCAUGGAGAAGUUAAGUAUUCUUGGAGGAAGAACUGGUGAGAUUCGACGCAGAUGUGAUCAGUUUAAUUCCAUCAAAACUUAAGAAUGAACUUGUUUCUCAUUAUCCCAUAUUAAUUAAAUUUCUUAUAUGAAAGAAGACAUUUUUAUUGUCCUUGUUCUUAUUACCAUUUUUCUUUUUUAUUUGAAGUGUAUACAUAUAUUUGAGAAGAAGAGUUUACUGUAAUAUUUUCAUCUA